AUGGAACCCACCCAGCCACAUACCACCCGUGGGAAAGGGAAAACUCGAGGAUCGCGAGUACGUUCGACCGCUAGUACAAGUACUAGCGGUCAAGACCAAGCGCGCACCCCAAAAUUCAGUGUUCAGUGGCAAGCUGACCCUAGGCGCACCGAAAAAAUCAUGGAACAUCUUCGUACACAUCCUGCUGACUGCCGCGUCUUAUUCUACUCUGACAAUAAGUCACAUGCUGAUGGUGAUCGCCCCUCGGCCAAAGACAAGGUAUCAAUCUGCCAAAUCAUCGCAAAGUCUGUCUUCGAGAACGAUCCCGAAUAUGCGAACUACUAUCCCGACGAUCCUGAAAGAUUCCGUGACUCCACAAACAGCCAUAUCUCUGGCCUGAGGAAAAAGUAUCGUGAAUUCCACGAUAAACUACACUCGACGGGCGCUGGCGUCAUGCCACUUGAUGAAACGACUGCAGCAAAUUUGCAUGCACAAAUCCUGGAGGAAUUCUCCUGGUAUGACGACCUCGCUGCUAUCCUUGGGGGGAACCCAGCCCUGUCCCUCAAGACAAUCUCAUCGGCCCCAGGGGUGGACCAUGUGUCCAAAUACUUUUCCCUCGUGCAGGCGAGCACUGCCGGUACUAUAGCGGCUACGUCCAUCACCCUGGCCCUAGCGCCCCGCCUCACUAUGCGCCUAGCGCCCACCCUUCAGCGCCCACCCCCCAUCAAAUCCAAACACCUGUCCCCUACUCUCAUCCUGGCCAAGGCCAGCUCUAUCUCCCCCUCAAUCACAAGGACGGGGGAAUGGACUACGACGACGACGACGUAUGCAUAA